CGUCAUCUCGCUCCACCCACCCGUGCCCAGGUCUCCAGUCGAGCUGGCUAGUUCUUCCUGUCCUCAACUUCCGUCCUCUCAGCUCCCACAGAGUAGCCCAACCUGCCGAAGCUGAGCCUGCGGGGCUCUUCCUGGCCUCAAUUCAGCCUCUGUCCCUCACCCCAGUGAGAGGGGACCUAGGUGCAACUCUUUUAAGAGCUGAGAGUUGAGGCCAUUUAACCAAUAAACAGUGACCUCUGCACCUGCAAACACCUUCACUCCAUGCUGAAUCGAGAUGACUGGAAAAGACGAUGAUUAUAAUUUUGUCUUCAAAGUGGUGCUGAUCGGCGAGUCAGGCGUGGGCAAGACCAAUCUGCUGUCCCGGUUCACCCGCAAUGAGUUCAGCCACGACAGCCGCACCACCAUCGGGGUUGAGUUCUCCACCCGGACUGUAAUGCUGGGCACCGCAGCUGUCAAGGCACAGAUCUGGGACACAGCUGGCCUGGAGCGAUACCGAGCCAUCACCUCUGCGUACUACCGCGGAGCUGUGGGGGCGCUCCUGGUAUUUGACCUAACGAAGCACCAGACCUAUGCUGUUGUGGAGCGCUGGCUAAAGGAGCUCUAUGACCACGCUGAAGCCACUAUUGUUGUCAUGCUGGUGGGGAACAAAAGUGACCUGAGCCAGGCCAGGGAGGUGCCCACGGAGGAGGCCUGCAUGUUUGCUGAAAACAACGGUCUGCUGUUCCUGGAGACCUCAGCACUGGACUCCACCAAUGUGGAGCUGGCCUUUGAGACUGUCCUCAAAGAGAUCUUUGCAAAGGUGUCCAAGCAGAGACAGAACAGCACCCGGGCCAAUGCCAUCACCCUGGGCAAUCCCCAAACUGAACAGGAUUCUGGCUCUGGGGAGAAGAAGGCUUGCUGCAUCAGCCUCUGAAUUUGGUCAUGGUCAACCCAGAGUCACUGCCUUCAUUCAGCCUUCGGGCUUCUCCCACCCAAUUGCAGGACUUCUCUCCCCCACUUCACAAGCACCAAGGUCCUCACGCCCUACCACAUCUCUAUCAUCUGCCCACACCCCUCACAGGCUA